AUGCCUAGCUCUUGCAAAGAACUUCGCGAGGCCCUCGCGCAAUGUCUCCAGGAAUCCGAUUGCGUGAUGGUCCACCGCAACAGCGCCUCCGACUGCCUCCGUUCGCCCCUCGUCGAGACUCUCCCCACCAAGUGUCAGCAGCUUAAGAAGGGUUUUGGUGAAUGCAAGCGCGGUAUGGUCGACAUGCGUAAGCGCUUCCGUGGCAACAUGCCCGUCAACUACAAGACCAUGAACGACGCCGAGGCCGGCAAGGGCUACCAGCUGUACGCUGGACGGCCCGCCUUCGCCGGUGGCAGAGGCGAGACGGACGGCAACGAGCCCGCGCCGAAGGACUGGAGGGAGGUUGAGAAUGAGAAGUACCGCGCCGAGCAGGCCGCGGCGCAGAAGAAGUGA